AUGGGAGCUCCCAAUGGAGAAGAACUCUGUUUUCCAGAACUCAACAACUCUUGCAGAAAGCCUCUGCAGCAUCAUGCUGAGAACACUUUGCUUUACAUUCUGCUGUCCUGCAUUUCUCUUUUAACUGUGAUUUUCAACCUGUUGGUCAUCAUCUCAGUCUCCCACUUCAGGAAGCUCCACACCCCUACCAAUCUGCUCCUCCUGUCUCUGGCUGUCUCAGACUUUCUUGUUGGACUGAUACUGAUGCCGUUUCAAAUCAUCAAGAUGGGAGGCUGCUGGAUUUUAGGGAACUUUGUAUGUGGAAUGUUUAUUUAUACCGGAUAUAUCAUUACAUCUGCAUCAGUAGGAAACAUGGUGUUUAUAUCAGUGGACCGAUAUGUGGCCAUCUGUGACCCUUUGUCUUAUCCCAUUAAAGUCACUCCCAGAAGGGUUCAAGUCAGUAUUAUUCUGUGUUGGGGCUCCUCUAUGUUCUAUAAUGGUUUGAUGGUAAAGGAGAGCAUAAAAUAUCCAGACAAAUACAAUUCCUGCUAUGGAGAGUGUGUAUUUUUUAUUGACCUUUUACCAGGAACCUUUGAUGUUAUGUUGACGUUUAUUGGUCCUAUUACAGUCAUCAUAGUACUGUAUAUGAGAGUGUUUGUAGUUGCUGUUUCUCAGGCUCGAGCUAUGAGGUCUCAAACUGCAGCUUGUAACCAGCAGGGUUCAACUGCAAAGAAGUCUGAGAGAAAAGCAGCUACAGCUCUUGGUGUGGUUGUGAUUGUGUUUCUCUUUUGUUUCUGUCCUUAUUUUUGCUACUCUCUUAUUGGUGAAAACAUAGAAACUGAUGCAGAGAUUGAUUUUGGGAUCUGGUUGCUGUACAUUAACUCUUGUAUAAAUCCAAUAAUCUAUGCUUUAUUUUAUCCCUGGUUUAGGAAGUCUGUUAAACUAAUCGUUACUGUUCAAAUACUGAAGCCCAACUCCCGUGAUACAAACCCAUUGAAUAGAAAUAUUUAGUGUCACCUCUUUUAGCAUUUUACACGGAGCUCAACGAACAAAAUGUGAUUGUUACUAAGAGUUUUUUUUAUUCUUCAAGGAACCAUCCUUGAACCUCAGUUCAAGGAUGGUUCUACAAUGUUGAAUUUGCUUCAAAUUAUUGAAUAGAGUUUGCAGAAUCCACUAUAUUAUGUUAAUUUAUUAGAUUAAUGGUGAUGGAAUGUCCCAAUAAAACUCUUUUUAGUGUUUUUAGUGUUUGAACAGUGAAACUUGUCUGUAUAUCUAAACUAAAUGAGAUAUAAUACGCCUUAGUCCG